AUGACUUUUACUUCACUCAAGCGCGCUGUGGUGCUGGGCGCCGUUGCAGCUGGCCUGCUCGUGCUCUCGUCGGGCGUCACGGUGCAGGUCGCCGCGCUGCCCACGUACAAGAUGCACCGCGCCCAUGUGGUGCAUGCGCGCAACCUCGCCAGGUCCCAGCAUGACCAGCUCGAGGAUCAGGUCCAUGCCCUCGAAGCGGCUCUCCAGCACUAUGUCCAGUACGGUGACCAGCAGAGCCUCGAGAUUUACCUCCACGGGCUGGAUGGUAACAAGAACCAAGGCGAGCAGUGGAAGCCUCAGCAGCAGAACGAAAAGCCCCAGCAGCAGAACGAAAAGCCCAAGGAGCAGCCUCAACAGCCCAAGGAGCAGCCCAAGGAUCAGUCGCAGUGGCCCAAGCCCCAGCAGCAGGCCCAGCAGCAACAGCAACAGCAGCAGGCGGUCCAGCAGCCUCAGCAGCCCGCCCAGCCCCAAGACCAGCAGCAAGACGACUGCGACGAGGGUGCUCCCGCCCCCGAACAGCCCUCGGUGACGCACCACGAAGAGCACCACUCCUCGGACGACUCGUCGGACCACUCCCAGACGCACUCGGAGCACUCGGAGCACUCGGAGCACCACUCUGAGCACCACUCGUCGAGCGACGACGCUAGCACUGGCGCCAUUGACGGUUACACUCCUCCCUCCUUCUCCACCUCUUCCUCGCCCUCGGUCAAGUCUCUGUACACUUCGGCACCCUUUACGGGCCACGCGACGUUCUACGACACGGGCAUGGGCGCAUGCGGGAUUGUCAACGCCGACAAUGACCCCAUCGUCGCCGUGUCGCGCGAUGUGUUCGAGCAGUACAACCCGGCAUCUGGCAAUCCGAACCACAACUCGCUGUGCGGUCGACGCAUCGAAAUCACCUGGAACGGCAAAACCACGCACGCCUUCGCUAUGGACGAAUGCCCCGGUUGCGAACCGACCAGUCUCGACCUCAGCCCGGCGCUCUUCGCAAAGCUAGACGACAAGGAUAAGGGCGUCCUACCCAACAUCCAGUGGCGAUUCAUCUAA